AUGCCAUCAGCACGCGGAUGGAUCGCUGGUCACGAGUGUGGAUCGUCUGGGGAAAUCUUACCCAUACCCGCUCACCCCACGCCACCUGACCUGAAGGCCGCAAGUCGAGGGCAGGGCAUCAGAUCAGCAGCAAAACUGCUGUUGAGCAGAGUACCUAGCAGAUUACCCUGGGUCGUGACGUCGCAGAUCCAGCAAUGCCAGCAAUGGAUGUCGCUACGGCCUGCCGGCCCGGGACCAGACCCACGCCGCCUAACCUUUCUCGACAUCCCUUUCGAGCUUCGCCUAGAUAUCUACGAGCUCCUCCUUCUCACUGAAGAACCUGUCAUAGUAUCCAGCAGCCGGCGCCAGCUUCGCGUUAAAGUCGAGCCGCCCGAGCACCAAAACGCAUAUUUACGGGCGCCACGCCCAACGCCCCGUACCGUGUCCCUCACUCACAGGAAACCCCAUGUUGAGAUACUGCAAUCAUGCAGGCAAAUCAACUGCGAGGCUACACCUGUGCUUUAUCGCAAGAAUGACUUCAUCGUGGGUCUGAAGCUUUGUGCGAGGGGCGAGACACGGGUCAACCCCGAAGAUCUAGCCUCCUUUUUCCCUUCACUCCUCCGCCCGUCGACAAUACUACAAAUCACAUCCAUCACUUUCCGAGGCGCCUGUCUCUGCCACCACUGGCUCACUCUUGCAGCUGGUGACGGUAGAGCAACCAAUGGCACUGAGCUAGGUCGUAUUUGCUGCAAUCACACCGUUGGCGAUCUCGCACCGGACGUUGGAAACGCGCAAGCGGCGUAUCUGACACUCAACAAUGACCUUUGGGAUCUCGAGAAAGAUUUCGGGAGGUUUAGAAUUUGCGCCUUCUGUAAUGCCAGUUACGGCCAACAUUGUUUCAUUUGGGGCUCAGGGUCUUUGGCAUUGCGUGCAUAG